GACUUCCGGCGCCGCCAUCGUGACGUCUUUUGCUUGUGCCGGCAGUAUCCGGCCGGGUGGUAAAGGCUCCGGGACCCGGGCGGGUCCGCUUCCCACGCGGCUCUUCGGAACCGAGGAAGGAAGGACGAUAAUACGCGCCUUUGUUGCCCUCCAUGAGCGCCGUCGUGGGGCCGGCUGCCUUGCGCGCAAGUGUCCCCUGGAGCUGCGCCCUUCCCGAGGCCUUCGCGUCCGCACUCUGUCCCCGUACGCCCCCGGCCGCGGCGCCCUAAGCCUGUGCGUACCUUCACUCAGGGGCGACGGGCUCGGAGGGCGGACCGAGGUCUCCCCGCCUCGUGGACCUCCGGGGUUCUGGCUGAGUCCGCAGGGCCUGCUCGGUUUGCCCGCUUCUCACGACCCGGUUCUGUUAGCGGGGUCCGGUGGCGGCCCUGGCGCUGAUGGACGAGGCUCAGGGCUGUGUGACCUUCGAGGAUGUGUUCGUGUACUUCUCCCGGGAGGAGUGGGAGCUCCUUGAGGAAGCCCAGAGACUCCUGUAUCGUGAUGUGAUGCUGGAGAACUUCACACUUGUGGUCUCGCUGGGUCGUUGGCGUGAAACAGAUAAUGAGGAGACUCUUUCUGAGCAGAGCAUUUCUGUGGGAGUGUCGCAGCUCGGGACUCCUGAGUCGGGUGCAUUUAUCCAGAAAGCCCACCCAUGUGAGGUGUGUGACCCACUCUUAAAAGACAUCUUGCACUUGGCUGAACACCAGGGAUCACAGCCCUUGCAGAGACUGUACGCACGUGGCCCAUGUGGGAGAGGAUUCUCGUUCAGUGCAGACUUUCACCAGCACCACAAGCGAUACAGUGAAGAGGAUCUCUUCAGAGUGGAUGCUGGUGGGGCCUCACACAGGAAGAACUGUGCAGCCCACAUGUUAUGGAGACCCCUUACUUGCAAGGAGGAAGGGAUGGACUUGCUGGACAUCUCUGGUCUCUUCCAUUGCCAGACCGCUGGCAGUGGGAUGAUUCCACACAACAGGACCGAGUUCAUGGCAACUUUCCCACACAGCACCAGUCUUGGCCCACACCAGGGAGACCAGGAUGGACUGGUGCUUUUCAGCUGCACUGACAGUGCGAAGGGCUUCCUGAAUACCUUUACUCUCCGUGACAACCAGGUAAUUCGUACUGAAGUAAGACCCUGUAGAUGCCAACCGUGUGGGAAUCUCUCCAAGGAGAAAUCAGCACUUAUUAAUCACAGGAAAGUUCACAGUGGAGAAAUAUCACAUGUGUGUAAAGAGUGUGGGAAGGGUUUCAUUCACUCGUCUCACUUAAAAAUGCACCAGAAAUUUCACGCUGGAAAAAGACAUUACACAUGCAGUGAGUGCGGGAAAGCCUUCAGUCGGAAAGACACACUUGUUCAGCACCAGAGAGUUCACACUGGAGAAAGGUCUUACGACUGCAGUGAGUGUGGAAAGGCCUACAGCAGAAGUUCCCACCUUGUUCAACACCAGAGAAUUCACACUGGCGAAAGGCCUUAUAAGUGCAGUGAGUGUGGAAAAGCCUUCAGCCGCAAAGACACACUUGUGCAGCACCAGAGAUUUCACACGGGAGAGAGACCUUACGAGUGCAGCGAAUGUGGGAAAUUCUUUAGCCAGAGCUCCCACCUUAUUGAGCACUGGCGGAUUCACACUGGGGCAAGGCCUUACGAGUGCAUUGAAUGUGGAAAGUUCUUUAGCCAUAACUCGAGCCUCAUUAAACAUCGGAGAGUGCACACAGGAGCAAGGUCCUACGUGUGCAGCAAAUGUGGGAAAGCUUUCAGCUGCAAAGACACUCUUGUUCAGCACCAGAUAAUUCACACCGGCGCAAGGCCUUAUGAGUGCAGUGAGUGUGGGAAAGCCUUCAGCCGUAAAGACACUCUUGUGCAACACCAGAAAAUCCACACUGGAGAAAGGCCUUAUGAGUGUGGUGAAUGUGGGAAAUUUUUUAGCCAUAGCUCCAACCUUAUUGUACACCAGAGAAUUCACACUGGAGCGAAGCCUUAUGAGUGCAGUGAAUGCGGAAAAUGCUUUAGCCACAAUUCCAGCCUCAUUCUACACCAGAGAGUUCACACUGGCGCAAGGCCUUAUGUGUGCAGUGAAUGUGGGAAAGCCUACAUUAGUAGCUCCCACCUUGUUCAGCACAAGAAGGUUCACACUGGAGCAAGACCUUAUGAAUGCAGUGAAUGUGGGAAAUUCUUUAGCCGAAACUCUAGCCUCAUUCUACAUCAGCGGGUUCACACUGGGGAAAAGCCAUACGUGUGCAGCGAAUGUGGGAAAGCCUACAGUAGAAGUUCCCAUCUUGUUCGGCACCAGAAAGUUCACACUGGAGAAAAGUCUUAUGAGUGCGGCAGUUUUGGUGGUCCUUUAGCUACAUCUCUUAAACUUGUUUAGUUCCAGAAAGCUCACAAUAGAGAAAGGCCUUAUGAAUGUAGAAAAUGUUCCAUCUCCUUGUUCAGCCUGAUAGGAUUCACACCAGAGAAAAUAUCUGCAAGUACCCUUUGUGAGGGAACCAGCAGCCAGCAGGUGAGCCUCGUCCAUUCGUACAGGUAUCAUGGGGACAGUCCCAGUCAGAACCGCAUAGAUGGGAAGCUUUCGUGAGGCGCUUUGUACUUUCUGAACCAUCCAGGGCUCUUGACAGAGUUCUGUCACCACCAGUGCCUGUGGCGGAAGCCAUCCAGUUGCUCCCAGCUGUCCAAGGUCCCACAGUGUGUUGUCAGUCACUCCUGUUCUCUGGAGUGAAUCAUGAGUGUUCUGAGCCCAGUGAGGCCCUCACUUCCUCCUCCAUAACUGGAUUCUGAGUGGACAUGAUCCUGCUCUUGCCAGAAGGAUCUGAACUGGAGUCUGCUGGGAUUUCCAGACAAGAUUUCUCUUCAUGAACAAGGUUGACUGUAAAUAUAACCACCACAAACUCAUUUGUCUUCUUCUAAUUCACUCAACUUUAGAACUGCUUAUCUCAUGCUGGUCUGAUCUGUGCAGUGACACAGGCCUGCUGUGGCAGUCUUUACCAUUGUGUGUGUGGUGGGGUCUGUUUGCUGUGUGUAGUGGAUUAAGAAAAAGUUGGGUUCUUCCACCGUGAAGGGAAGAGCGCCUCUUGUCUGCACCAACUUCUUGUGCCUCAGAAGGGUUAGCAGGAUGGCAGAGAACAGCUCUCAGUCUAGCUAGCCUAAUUUGUAUUGUGCUCAAGGCUUGCUAGAAAAAAGCAAAGCACUUUGUGUGCCUCAGCAUAUGGUCUGGAAGGCAAGAUUUCCUGGGAGUCCAGAGUUCAUUUCUGAGGAGGGCAUAGUUGGUGUGAAGAUCUCCAGUGCUUCUGGAAACAUGAAUUGGGUCUCUUGUUCCUAGGGAAUGUCCCAUAUUCCCCAGCACUUCUGAGGGAUUUCUGUUUCCUAGAUCUGCAUAGGAGCCAGUCCCUGAUGUCCAGAAUCCCCUAGGCAAGUGUCACUGACUGGAAGGCCCAUAGGGCAAGGCGGGGCUCAUAAUUGGUACAGAAACACUGAGAUAGUGGAGUGGGGCUGAAUGUGGCCAAUGAGAGGCUAUGUGUCUCUUGUAGCAGAGGCAUCUGCAGAUGUCCCUGUGAUUUUUGUGGGAUGAGAAUGUAGAAAUUCUCUGGACCCUCAGACAUCUGUAUCUCCUGUGGCCAGGACCACUUUCAGUGUUGAAAGGUUUGUGGAUUCCUGUAUCUGCCUGGGCUGUUGGUGUUGAGGCCAUCACUACACAGUCAGGAACCUCAGCAUGGACAAAAGAGAGAUCCAAGGGUAGGGCUUCUCUGACCCAGCUAGCAUUGCUAGUGACCGGAGAGGACGUGGAUUGCAUUGCUCUCUGGUUUUUGCUGACAUUCAGGCGGGGUUCAUCCUCCUAAAUUGGGAGAGGGAUGUGGGAGAACGAAGACAGUUGGCAGAUGGGACUUUCUAAGAGCGAUGGUAAAUAGGGACUUGAUGGGCAACACUUAGUUCUCAAAAACAUCAUUGCAGUGUGAUUGACAUGAAAUGAACUGCACACAUGAAAGUGUGAAAUGUGCCAUGUUUCAGCAUGUGUAUAUGCCUGUGAAACCAUAAUCACAGUGAACAUAAUGAAUGUAUUCGACACAACCAGAAGCUUCCUUGUGUCCCUUUAUAAUGCUUUUAUCUCAGUCUUUCUAAUACCCUUUCCCAUAAUUCAUGAACAACAAGCAUUUUCUAGAA